CAGCAGCAGAAGCAGCAGCAACAACUACUCCAAGAAGAACAUCAGUAGCAGCAGGAACAGUUGAAGAGAUGCAAUCGAUACGACGUCUGGUUCUUUUCGGUCUCCUGGCCGUGCUUGGCGCCUGUGCCUACGCUAAGCCUCAUGGCUGGAGCAGCGGUGGUGGAAGCGGUGGCUGGUCAUCUGGAGGCAGCUCCUCCGGCUGGCCAAGCGGCGGCGGUGGUGGCUGGAGCAGCGGAGGCGGCGGCGGUGGCUGGAAGAGCGGCGGAGGAGGCGGCUGGAGCUCUUCGGGCGGCGGCAGUGGUUGGAAUCUUGGCGGCGGCGGCGGUGGCUGGAAAUCGGGUGGAGGCGGCGGCGGCGGCGGCUGGUCGAGCGCCUUGUCUGGCCUCUCCGGCUGGAAGUCGCAGGCAUUGUCUAGCCUGAGCAGUGGCUGGCAAUCAGGCGGCGGCGGUGGCGGCUGGAAGUCCGGAGGAGGCGGCGGUGGCUGGAAAUCUGGCGGCGGUGGCGGAUCGAGUGGCUGGUCUUCCGGAUGGAGCUGGUAGAAUUCUCAGGGGAUGACGAAACCAAACGCGACGACAUUACUCAAAAUCGGAACGCAACCUGCAACUGUACAUAGAACAUAUAACAAUUCUCCCAUUUUUUUUUUGUCUGCCUUAAUUGUUAAUCCGCCAAUAAAUCUUUACAAUGUAAUGUA